AUGGCUUCCAGUGGGGUAACAGUGAGGACUGAGGGUCCUACAAAUGAAUUUCUGGAAGUUUCAGAUGAUGUGGGAGACUUGCUUCACAGAGUUUACCCCUUUGACAUAAACAGGAAUGAUUUCCAGAGGAACUUGAUCCUUUAUUUGAUACCCUUUGCUACAGGAGUAUGGCUGGCCAGGAAUGUGAGUGACAUUGACCUGGUGGCACCUCACCCAGGGUUCAGUCAAACAGAUGGAAUUUCUGUGCUAGAUCCAAACUUUCUAAAAACAGCCUACAAUCUGUGA